AAAAUUCAUUGUACUAUAACUUUAUAUUCAGCAAUAAUAUUUUAAUGGGCUUUUUUGAUUAGUUUUUUCCGUCUACUCGAAUUUUUAAAAUAUACUGCAUUAUAGGUUUUUUGAGCUGAGACUGAUAGACAUUUUAGUUUUUGAUUGUGCGACAAAACGUGUUACGGUGGUAUGUUCAUAUAUUUUGUGAUUGUCGUGUUUUCUAUCAUAAUAUCAAUUUUGAAUAUCGUACUAAACAUGAUGACAGUUAGACCGAUUAUAAGGUUUGUAUUCAGUUUCGAAUAACUGCCAUACCUGAUCUAAUACAUUAAGUAUUGUUGUCUGUUUAUAUAAUGUUUUAUUAAGAAUAUUCCGUAAAGAGCUUCUAGGUUUUAAAAUAAUGGAAUGUACAUCUGAAAAUAGCCUCAUAAGUAAAUUUGAAUGUCCGGUUUGCUUCAAAUACAUGAUUCCACCAAUCAGACUCUGUUUAUCAGGACAUAGUUACUGCAGCAGUUGUUUUGACAAACUGAAAAAUUGCGCUCUUUGUAGAGCCAACAAAAGUCCUUACAGGUGUAUUGUAUUGGAACAAAUCCACGCUACUUUAUCGUUUCCCUGUAAAUAUUAUGAUCAAGGAUGUGUCUUCAGAGGAAAAGGAGAUGUUAUGACGGACCAUCAGGAAUAUUGCGAUUUCUCACCCGCUUUAUGUCCUUUAAGAUUCAAUGAAUGCGAGUGGCGUGGAUCGAAAUCGGAAAUUCUGGAUCACUGCCGUAACCUUCAUCCCGAUAAUCUGUUUUUCGAAAACAAACAAAAACUCAAAGUGACAAAUUUCUAUAACAUAAUGAAUAGAAAUUACUUCAUUUUAUUUUAUAUAUUCGACACUGUGUUCAGGUGUACUUGGGAUCUUAUCGAAGAUUCGGGAACCGUAAGAUUUGCCGUAUACGUCUUGAAUAAACCGUCAAAACUACGUCAAUAUUCGUUCAAAAUAACCGUUUUCGAUACGCAAACAAAUAUGGAAGUGAUCAGUCUCAUGGGACCUUGUUACUAUUUGAAGGACGAUAAUCUUAAGUUUCUUGGUAAGAAGUAUUUAUCGAGCAAUCACGAUUACUUCAAAGGCUUUUGUGACAACAACGGCGAUUUAAAUUACGCCAUAACUAUUAUUAAUAAUAUCCGAAACGAACAAAAAGACCAAGAAGAUGUUGAUGAUUUAUUUCAUUGAUCAUUCUACUACUCUCUCAUUUCAUACUAGAAUUCAAUAAAAACUCAUUAAAAGUCAUCAUUGUUCCAAAAAUUCGGAAUCUAUUUUUUGUUUAUUGAAUGAUUUGUGUGUGAAUACAUUUUUCACGUAAAAUAUUUCACUAUGAUUCGUAUUCCACGAGUAGUUUAUUAAUUAAUUCAAUAAUAGACACUAAAACUUGCUUAAAAAAUCAUUAACAGAAUGAAAAAAUGUCUCAAUGACACUUUUGUAGUCUCCUACAUGUUUCAAUCAGUAUAUAAAUUAUGAGUCUAGUCUACUACAAAAGUUCUGAAUCGUUUGCAAAGAUAAAUAUAAAGAUAAUGAACACACUGUUUUACUACAACUCAAACACCAUAACUCAAAUUACAGUGUCUGACGCGCGUUUCGAUAACCAAGUUAUCGUCUUCAGAGUUUUAGUUUACCUUCAGUCUAUGAAGAUGUUAAUUUGGUUAUCGAAACGCGCGUCAGGCAGUGCAAUUGUGAGUUGUAGUGUAAUAAACAGUGUGUUCAGUAUGAAUAUCAUCUAGCUUAGAAGAUGUCAUGAUAGCUACAAGCUUGGAAAUCUGUUAUAUUUGACUUUUAGUUAGUUCUAAACAGAUCUGCAGCAAUUUCAUGAUAACUUUCUGAUAUAACCUUCGUAUGGAAUAAUCUAAGUGGAGGUUUUAUUCUGUUCCAGUCAGUACUUCUCGGCGAAAUAAUAACGCAUUUUAAUAUAACGUUAGUUCUAAAACGAGCUCCAUGUUAUUAUGAAAAUUUUUGCUUACACGAAAUCGCUUUGACAACCAGUAGCUAAGCUACAAUAUUUUGAGAUGUAGUUCUAACACUUGCUUGAUGUUCAACUUGUCAUUUCCAUCUCGAAAAUUCACCUGUCGAAGUUGUUUUUUUAUAAAAAAAAUGAGUUCUGACUUUAUUUCAGUAUUUAUAGUCAAAUUUAUUUAUAGAAUUUGCAGAAGGGACUCGAAAAAGGGUUUACUUCCCAUACAUACACACACACACACAUUUCAGACAGGUUUAAUUCUUCUUCAAUGAAGACCACUCGCAAAAUUGCCGCGCUGCAGAUUAGUUCGGCUGCUCAACUAACUUCAGCGCCAGCGUUUCGUUAGUUGUCACUGAUAUCGGUCGUCGAAAGCGCGGCGCGUCGCCAACAGAGCCCGUUGUUAAGAAUUUCUGUUACGUCUUUUAUACUGUUGAAAGAUUUGGUAGCGACGAGUUUAGGCAUUGUCUACUUGUUAUUAUUAUACAGAUAGAACUGUCUGAAACACGACAGCGUUGCCAGAUUUAUGAGUGUUGCUUGACUCAUGACGACCUCUGUAUUUUUUCAUUUCUUCAUUCAUCUUCUUGAAUAUAUUCCUUGUUCAAUUCAAUAAAUAUAUUCCAGACAUUGAACGUCUGUUUAAUAGAUAAUUAUUGUAACUUUCUAGUAUAAAGGAAUUUAAUCACAUACCGUAUAUAAAAUAACUGAAUAGAGAUCAUUAUAUACAGUUUUUGAAAACGAGCUUAAAUAAUAAGGGGAUAAGCGAUUUGAUAUUUUCUAAAUUUAGUAAAAACAUAAAAAUGUUGAACAAUGAUACUGUUAAUUUUUUCCCAGUUGAUUUAAAUAUUGAAAUAUGAUUUUUGGUACAAAUUUCAACAAAAUUGACUAGACUUAGAGUUUAGAAAUAUCACAUACAUUUUGGUUAUGCGUCAAGACGAAAUAUAAAUACUUUUAAAUGUUUGUGAUAAUUUGAAACGCCCCGUAUAGCAUAAGUUUAUAAUGUAUAUAUGUAUAUUGUAAUUAGGUUGAUAAAAUAUGUUUUUUUAUAUUAUGUAUGACGAUUACAUAAUAUCUAUAAGAAGGUUAGAAUGGAUAUCUAUCUAAAUAUUUUCAUUAUAUUUGAAAAUAUCUUAAAUUUCAUCGCCGAUUCAUUAAAAUGAAUAUUUCUACUGUUAGGAAUGUUUAAGGGAUCUUCUGCUUACCUUCACUUUUACUCGGUUAUAUUUUAAUAUAUUUUAAUGUAAUUUUUUAAUUCUAAAUCCAUUUUUUGACGUAAAUAGCAAAGACCAAUUUGCUGAAAUUCAUUUUCUUUUUUGUUUGUUCUCUCAUGUGUAUCCCUCUAUUUUAUUAUGUCGAUCUCUACAAUUUCUUAUAAAUAUUGAAAAUAUUCAAAUUUGUGUCUGGUUUCAGAUAUUUUUCUGGUUACUGAGAAUGUAACCGUCAGUUUUUGUGAUUAUCUCCUCAAUUGAUCAUAUUUUUCUCAAAUAGUUUUCAUUUGGUGUAGUUCGUAAUUAGGAAAACCUUCAAAUUUGUCCUGUUUUCUCCGAUUCAUAUUUAAAUAAGAAGAUUGAGCUCAACAUUUUAAAACAGUGGGAAGAGUAGUGAAAAACUUUCCAAUAUAAAUGAAAUGAUGAAGUUUUAAUUAAUAUUUUACAUUGUUAAUCAUAUUAUUUGUGUACUUUUAACUAAAAAACUUUUUUAUAUUCAAAAAUUAUCAAUUUUACGAAUAAAACAAUGUAUAUUAGAAA